GAACGGGAGGUGGAGAGGAAAUUGGGGUCAAUGCGGGUAAAAAAUACUCCGUCAAUGUUCCACUCAAAGACGGCAUAGACGACAGGCAGUACCAAGAUAUCUUCAGGCCCGUUAUCCAGUCCAUUAUGGACACGUUCAAACCAUCAGCAGUUGUGCUACAGUGCGGAGCUGACUCGUUAGGUUCUGAUCGCUUGGGUGUAUUUGAUCUGAGCAUCAAGGGACACGGCGCUUGCGUCGACUUUGUCAAGGUGUGCGAGAGUAUGGUGUUUAGCACGAGAAAAAUUGUAUGUAUAUCUACGUGA